AUGGCUACAAGCGGGAAGGCCUUUGGCAUCUCCAUUGCCAUUUACUCCGCCAUAUGCAUCGCCAUCUUCAUCCUCUUCUCCUGGUGGCGUCAGAGGAAUCUGACGAGGAAGUUUUAUGCACCGAAGAGGUGGGUGUUCAAGAUGAGCGAGGCUGAGGUGAUCCGCUGUGGCGGGAUGGAUGCUGCCAUGUAUGUGAAGAUCCUCGAGAUGGGGAUGAAACUCUUCUUCUUCGUCAGCAUCAUAGUCUUAGUCAUCAUCCUGCCCAUCAACAUCACGGGCACGGAGGUUGACAAACUCAUGGAGCUCGGGUCCACCCCUGAGGCCACAAGUGAGUUCACCUACUGGCUUAACUCGCCAUCGCCAUCGCCCUCCCCAGAACAGAGCAGCUCUGGCCAGCAGACCACCGACACCACCACCACCACGGCCCCAGAAUUUUACAACACUGACAUCCCGCCGGCACCUCCGGGCCUGGUCUGGUGGGAGUACUUGCCAGGUGUACCAGACUUGCCCGACCCGGAGGUUCUCCUUGGCGCAAACUACAGCAGGUAUGGGUGGAGGUAUGACUCCGACUUCACCUCUGUCAGCUACAGCUUCACCAACCUCGACAAGACCACAAUGGCCAACAUCUCGGACCGCUCCCCACGCCUCUGGGCGCAUGCUGUGGUGGUCUGGAUGGUCACCUUCUUCACCUUCUACGUGCUCUGGUCCUACAGCAAGGAGGCGCUGCGCCUGCGCACCUUCUACCUCCUGAACCAGCCGCCGGGGGCGGAGUCGCACACCGUGCUCGUCACAGACAUCCCAGGCGUCCUGUUCGGCACCAUCCCACAGCGCCUGGACGGGACGCUGCUCAAGUUCGUCCCCAAAGGGAUGAAGGAGACGGCCUUCAAGCAUGUUCACGACAUCAAGGAGGCUGUGGGUUCCCAGGUGGCCAAGCACGCCGAUGUGCCCAUUGGCAAGCGUGUGGCCAGCAAGGCUGACCUGGCGGCAGCAUCCAAGAUGUCCAACUUUGCCACCGAGCUGCGUGAUGGUAAGACCGUUUCGGAGAUUGUGGAGAAUGAGUUUCGAGCCGUCCAUCGCGAUGACUUCAGAGUGGCCCACAUGGUGUACAACACCAGCGAGCUGGACCCACUGGUGGCCGAGUACGAGAAGAGAGCUCGGGUGCUGGAGGACCUCCUGGACGACUACAUCUCCAAGAAGCGACGCAGCGCCAAGCUGAAGAUAAAAAAGAUGACUGUGGUGGGCCCCACUAUGGGGGCAUGGGGCCGCGAGAAGUAUGGCCUGAAGCCAGUCAAGGUGGAGGCUCUGCAGUUCCUGCACGAUCGCCUGGAGCAGCUCAAGGUGGAGAUCGAGGAGCAGCAGGUGAAGGCGCGGGGCAAGCUCUUCCCCUCCGCCUUCGUCACCUUCAACGCCAGGCUGGCCCAGGUGGGCGCCGUGCGCUCGCUGAUGAAUGAGGACCUGUCCACCUGGCGCUGUCAGGCGGCGCCCCGCCCCUCCGAGAUCGUGUGGGGCAACCUGGGGUGGCGCAUCUGGGAGCGCGCGGGGCGGCACCUGCUCAUGCUGGCGGCCUUCAUCGCGCUCGCCUUCUUCUUCAUGAUCCCCGUGGCGGCGGUGCAGGGCCUGCUCACCACCAACUCCCUGGUCGGGGCCCUCCAGCGCAUCGCCAUCCUGAACGCCGUGCUGACCUCCAUCCUGCCGGGGCUGGCCCUGAAGAUCUUCAUCGCCCUGGUGCCCGCCAUCAUCAUGGCCAUGAACCGCUUUGCGGGCAUGGUGUCCCUGAGCCAGAUGGACCUGGCCCUCACCAGCCGCUUCUUCGUCUUCCAGGUCAUCACAGUGUUCUUCGGGUCCUUCAUUGCCGGGUCAUUCUUCAACCAGUUCAAGCAGUUCAUCGACGACCCUGGCAGUAUCGUCACCGUUCUGGGGACGUCCGCGCCCCAGACCGCCAUCUUCUUCAUGACUUACCUUCUGGUCCAGGCCCUGCUGACGCAGCCCCUGGGCAUCGUUCGCGUCGUCUCGCUGGUGAUCUUCUGGGUCAAAUCGAAGCUGGCGGCCACGGCACGUGCCAAGCGCCGCUUGUGGGAGGACCAGGAGUUCCGGUACGGCACUGUGCUGCCCAACGACACCAUCGCCAUCCUCCUGGGACUGACAUUCAGCACCAUCUGCCCCCUCAUCCUCCCCAUCGCCUUCCUCUACUUUGUCGCCGCCUACCUGGUCCACAAGUACUCCUUGGUCUACGUGUACAAGCAGCCCUACCAGACGGGCGGCAAGUUCUGGCAGUCUGCCUUUGAUCAGUGCAUCGUGGGCCUCGUCAUCUUCCAGCUUGUCAUGAUUGGCCUGCUGGGCAUCAAAAAGGUGAUUGGUCCUCCCAUCUUCAUCGUCCCCCUGCCCUUCCUGACCCUCUCCCUGUAUUUUGCUGCGCAUGCUCGCUUCUGGAGGCCCUUCGAGGGGUUGUCACUCCUGUCGGCCGGCUUGCUGGACAAGAGGGAGAAGGAUGCCUGGGAGAAUGGCACGCUGCAGCCCCCUGCUGACAAGGAGAUUGAAGAGCGAUACCUGUCCCCCUCCUUCAAAUUUGACACCUCAAACCACGAGCACCUGGUCGGAGACGCGCUGCGGAUGAAGGCGGUCCUGGACGGCGGCAGUGACGAUAAGCUGCUGGGACUGGAGGACACGACCGACGACGAGGACGAUGGGUCGGUCACCCCCGCCUCUGAGACACCGGUGGACAUUGAGUCUGGGAGCGGGGCCUCGGCCCCUUCCCAGGCCCCUCCCCGAAAUGUCGACCUCCAGGAACCUAAGGAGGUCAUCGCCCAGUGA